CUCGAGAGGAGCUGGCAGGACCGCGUCCCUCUCGCCUUUGGCUCUCGGUUCCAUCCCCAGACCUGAGGCAGUUGGGCUGCCAGUUGGUUACUUUUAAUAUUUAAAGGCAACCUGUGCUUAGAUGAAUCUAUACACAAGAAACGGUCCACGGGGCUGUCAUCUCGCUUCUGUGUCCAGAGCGACCUGCAACGAAGACCUGGAGAAGGUUCAAGAGAAAGUAGACUCUGGCAUGCCCGUGGUGGAGAAGACACACAGUACUAAACACAACGGUUUUUUGGAAUCUAAGGGAUGCUUUGCCAAUACAACAUCCUCUGGCCAAAGGGUCAGCCCUUCAUACCCUGCUGUAACAGGUGGAAAUGCCAGUAAGCCUCCAGGCCCCUGCAGAGGGUCUGCUCACCCAGACCCUGCUGCAGAUUUGGAUCUGAAAUCCUCCUCCUCACAUUCUGGUCACUCCUCUGAAACCUUAUUGCCUGGAGUCCAAAAGGAUAAAUAUCUCGAGUUUAGCUUGCUAAGGUCACAGACAGAAGAUGGGCAGCGUCCUGAGUGGACCUUUUACCCAAGGUUUAGCAACAGUAUCCACACCUACCACAUUGGAAAGCAGUGCUUCUUUAACGGGGUCUUCCUCGGCAACAAGAGGUCUCUAGCGGAGAGGACGGUGGACAAGUGCCUUGGGAGGAAGAAAUAUGAUAUUGAUCCCAGGAAUGGAAUCCCAAAGUUAACCCCAGGAGAUAAUCUAUAUAUGUACCCAGAACAGAGUAAAGACUUCCACAAAGUAGGGUCAACUCUCCCACCAGUGAAUUUUUCAUUAGUGCCGUAUGAAAAGAAAUUUGAUACAUUUAUUCCACUUGAGCCUCUUCCACAAAUUCCCAACUUGCCUUUCUGGGUAAAGGAGAAGGCCAACAUGCUGAAGAAUGAGAUUAGAGAAGUUGAGGAACUUGACAAUUGGCAGCCAGCGAUCCCUUUGAUACACAGUUUAUUCUCUGCUGGUGCUUUGGACUUUCCUAGACAAUCCUGA